GAAAAGUAAGCAACAAGAAUAGUCAAGGUCAAGCUACUCAUUGAAUUAAUUGGCUUUUCAUAAAUACCCUGCCUCUCCCCUUUCCCCCACGUCCGCUUGAUCAACCUGCCUGAUAAAUCUUUAUAUUUAAUUAUAUUUAGACCCCCUCUUUCAUCCCAACCCUCGUCAUUCGUUUUUGAAUAUACUGAUCAUCACCAUGGUCAACACUCUUCUUCUUGCUUCUCUGCUGGCGGCUCCGCUGGCGGCGGCGACCGUGCUGCCGCCGACCGAGGAUCCGUGGUACACGGCGCCCGAGGGCUACGAGAGCGCAACGCCCGGCACGGUGCUGCGCAUCCGCAGCGCGCCGGGCAACCUGACGGAGAUCGUGGGCAACUCGUCGGCGGCGUACAACAUCCUGUUCCGCACGACGGACAGCCUGUACGGGGCGUCGUGGGCGGUGACGACGGUGUUUGUGCCCGAGGAGGAGGACUGCGAGAACCCGAGCCUGCUGUCGUACCAGAUCCCCUACGACUCGCUCGACGUCAACGACAGCCCCAGCUACGCCCUGUACAGCGACCCCCCGGCGGACGUGGGCGUCACCCUGGGCCUGGGCUGGUGGGUGUCGGUGCCGGACUUUGAGGGCCCGCUGGCCUCCUUCACGGCGGGCGUCAUGUCGGGCCACGCCACGCUGGACUCGGUGCGCGCGGUGCUGCGGGCGCAGAUCGGCCUGGAGGCCAACGGCACCCAGAAGGCCCUCUGGGGGUACUCGGGCGGCGCCCUGGCCAGUGAAUGGGCCGCCGAGCUGCAGCCCCAGUACGCCCCGGAGCUGAAGCUCGCCGGCAUCGCCGUGGGCGGCCUCACCCCCAACACCACCAGCGUCAUGGACUCCGUCGACGGCACCAUCGCCGCCGGCCUGAUCCCCGCCGCCGUGCUGGGCGUGCUCACCCAGUACCCCGUCGCGGAGGAGUGGGUGAUCAGCCAGCUGCACACCACGGGCGAGUACAACCGCACCGGCUUCCUGGCCACCAAGGACCUGUCGCUCGACGAGGCCGAGGUCUACUACGCCUACCAGGACAUCUUCGAGUACUUUGUCAACGGCUCGUCCACCUUCCAGAACGAACAGGUCGUCAAGGUGCUCAUGCGCGACGGGUACAUGGGCUUCCACGGCAUCCCCGAGAUGCCCGUCUACGCCUACAAGGCCAUCAACGACGAGAUCAGCCCUGUGGCCGACACCGACGACCUGAUCAACCGCUACUGCGCCGCGGGCGCCAACAUCAUCUACGAGCGCAACACCGUCGGCGGCCACGACGCCGAGGAGGUCAACGGCAACGCCCGCGCUCUCGCCUGGCUGCAGGCCCUGUUGUCUGGUGGCUCCUACGACCACGCCGGAUGCACCAUUUCCAACGUCACCAUCGCUAUUGAAGACAGCCCUUAUUAGUCUGGAUAUUUUUCAGAUCUAGUUCAAUAUUAUGGAAUGAUUAUUAAUACAAUAUUUAAUGGUAU